CUCUAGCCAGCUUCAAGUGAUCGCCGACUUUGUGUUGAAAAUGACGCCGCGCGUCCCAUUUUCUGUUAAAGAAAUAGUUCGAGUCGAUUAAAAUAAGUGCUAGGUACAUAGCUUCGCAUGCUCGUUAUAAAAUCGACAUAUUUCGUUAUCAGUGUUUGCUCUACUUGUUAAGUUAUUGAGCAUAAAUUUAAGCAAGGACGCUUUGAAGACUUACCACUCGACGGUCAACUUUUUUUGAAAGUUAAAAAUAUGUUAAAAUUUAUCCGAGGAAAGGGUCAGCAGCCCAGCGCAGAAAGGCAACGCCUACAGAAAGACCUUUUUGCUUAUCGUAAGACCGUGCAGCAUGGAUUUCCACACAAACCAUCGGCGUUUGCGUAUGAUCCUAUCUCCAAACUCAUGGCAAUUGGCACGCAAACAGGAGCCAUGAAAGUUUUGGGUCAGCCCGGAGUCGAAUUGUACGGACAGCAUACUUUGGUGAACAAUUCUGCAACGGAGCUUAAUGUUCAAUUGCUCGAAUGGGUUUAUGGAACUGGUCGCAUACUUUCUUUGACAGCGGCCAACCAACUUAUACUGUGGGAGCCAGUUGGAACGACAUUGCUUCCGAUUAAAACACUUCCGUUCGACGGCAAGCUUAAGAAAGUUUCAUCCCUGUGCUGUUCUGUAAAUAAGGAUUUACUAUGGAUUGGAACGGAAGGUGGCAACAUCUAUCAACUUGAUUUAAACACAUUUACAAUAAAAGACCAUGUAAUUUACCAUGAUGUGGUAUUAGAGCAGGUCCCACCAGCUUACAAGCUUAAUCCAGGCGCAAUUGAAUCGAUUCGUCAGCUUCCAAACUCCCAUAACAAGCUGCUUAUAGCUUACAACCGAGGUUUGUGUGUUUUGUGGGAUUUAGAAACUUCCUCCGUGGAACGAGCAUAUAUAGCACCAGGCCAUGGGCAAAGCGUUGGCCUCUCAGUGGAUUUCAGGGGAUCUGAAUUCAGUUGGUACCAUGCUGAUGGUUCAUACGCUACUUGGAGCAUAAGCAGCGCGGAACCACCAAAAAACGUUAACUACGUUCCUUACGGCCCUGACCCGUGCAAAAGCAUAAAUCGACUGUAUAAAGGAAAACGAGGAUCGACCGACGUUAUUGUUUUUUCCGGCGGCAUGCCACGUUCAGCUUAUGGUGACCACAAUUGUGUCUCCAUACAUGCCAGCGAUGGACACAAAAUUUGCUUGGAUUUUACAUCUAAGGUCAUUGACUUUUUCGUAACAUAUAAAAAUAAUAGUGAUGACGUCGAAGUGCUAAUUGUCCUACUUGAAGAGGAACUAUGCGCAUACGAUCUCACUGAAUCUAAUAUUUCUGCAAUCAAAGCGCCGUAUCUUCAUUCGGUGCAUGCAUCAGCGGUAACAUGUAAUUACUUAGCUUCACAAGUAACACAGUCAGUAUACGAUAAUAUUUUACGAGCGGGCGAUGAGCAAGACAUUGACUACAGCAAUAUUGACUGGCCUAUUACUGGCGGUUUACUUUCGGCAGAUUUGGAAGAAUCUGAUGAAGAGGACACUGAAAAAUUGUAUGAGAUUUUGUUGACUGGACACGAAGAUGGUUCUGUUAAAUUUUGGGAUUGUACUGGAGUAUUGCUUAAACCAAUUUAUAACUUUAAAACGGGAAGCAUAUUUGGAAGUGAACAUGACUUCCGGGAUGAAGCGGCUGCAGACGUAAGUGCAGAACAACUAGAUGAAGGAGAACCGCCAUUUAGAAAGGCUGGUCUAUUCGAUCCAUACUCUGAUGAUCCUCGCUUAGCAGUAAAGAAAAUAGCAUUUUGCCCAAAUACCGGAAAGCUCAUUGUUGGUGGAACAGCGGGCCAAAUAAUUAUAGCCGAAUUUCAAGAGACUUUCGAAAAAUCGUCUUUAAAAUAUAGCUCUAUGAACAUGGUCAGCGAUCGAGAUGGGUUUGUGUGGAAGGGUCACGAUCAAUUAAACGUGCGCUCAAACUUAUUGGAAGGUGACACGAGUCCUAUAGCUGAAAAUGGCGUACAAAUAACCGGGGUUCUGCAAGUCUUGCCUCCAGCCAGCAUUACAUGCAUGGCACUUGAAGCGAACUGGGGCCUUGUAUCCGGAGGAACUGCGCACGGUCUGGUCCUGUUUGACUUUAAGAACUUUGUCCCAGUGUUUCAUCGAUGUACAUUAAAUCCGAAUGAUCUCACUGGAGCGGGCGAGCAGCUGUCUCGACGCAAGUCAUUUAAAAAAUCAUUGCGGGAGUCAUUUAGAAAACUUCGAAAGGGUCGAUCGACACGAAACAACCCCAGCAAUCAGGUGCCGACUACUCUGGAAGCACGACCAGUUGAGAGGCAAAUAGAGGCCCGAUGCGCUGACGACGGACUAGGAUCAAUGGUGCGAUGUUUACUGUUUGCCAAAACUUAUGUUACUAAUGUCAACAUAACAUCCCCAACUUUAUGGUCAGCCACAAAUGCCAGUACCGUCUCGGUUUUCCUGUUGCAUUUACCCCCAGCUCAGACCGCAGCAACUGCCGUACCAUCGGCAAGUGGCAAUGCUGCACCACAGACGCCACGUCGCAUUUCUGCUCAGCUUGCGAAAGAAAUUCAACUAAAGCAUCGUGCUCCUGUGGUUGGUAUUUCCAUCUUUGAUCAGGCUGGUACUCCUGUUGAUCAGUUACACGCUGGAGAAAACGGUAGCCCACCGCAUCGUCUUCUUAUUGCUUCUGAAGAACAAUUUAAAGUGUUUUCUCUUCCGCAACUCAAGCCGAUAAAUAAGUAUAAACUUACAGCUAACGAGGGAGCUCGAAUUCGUCGAAUCCACUUUGGAUCGUUUCGUUGUCGCAUAUCGCCUGAGUUAAUACAAAACCUGCAUGGUGGUAGCCCCACUAAGUCCACACGAUCGCAUGGCGAUGGAGAAGGGUCUGCAAACAUUAGUGCGAACUUGAGUGCUAGUCGUGGAGAUGUGUAUCACGAAAUUGCUCUGAUCUGCUUGACAAACAUGGGCGAUAUCAUGGUUUUGUCAGUCCCUGAAUUAAAGAGACAGCUAAACGCUGCUGCAGUGCGUCGCGAAGAUAUUAAUGGAAUUUCUUCACUUUGCUUUACCAACUCUGGUGAAGCUUUGUACAUGAUGUCAUCUUCAGAAUUGCAACGCAUUGCUCUAGCCAAGUCCAAAGUUGUCCAACCCACCGGAAUUGUUAAAGUAGAGCCUUUGGAAGCCCAAGAAUCAACUCUGGAAGAAGAAGAAGAAGAAGAAAGUGAUAAAGAAGCGGCUUGUAAUGUGGAAGAUGCCAAUAUACUUGACAAUAAAAAAAAACAAACGGCUCCAGUGCGCGGUAAACCUGCAAACGAAAACUUAGACAGAAGUAGUCUUCAUCUAGCUAAUGGAAUUUGCAACAGCAAUUUACCCAAUUCGGCCAACGAGACUAUCAGCAGCUCCAUUGGUGACAUCACCGUAGACUCGGUGCGUGACCAUUUAAAUCUUACAACAACCACUUUGUGUUCUACGACCACAGAGGAGACUGUGGGUCGUCUAUCAGUUCUAAGCACGCAAACAAACAAAGCAACUACUACCGUAAACAUGGACGACAUUCAGGAUAUAAACAUUUCCAAUUUAGGGGAAAUGGCAUCAAAAAGCAGCCAAACAACGGAAUCGAGUACUAGCUCUGUAGUAAUAAAAUCUGUUAUAACAACCAUAUCACAUGAAAAGACAAACGGCGAAGGCGAAAUUAAUACGACGAAAAAAACUGUUCCCGAAGAAAGCCAGUUUUAAGAUUAAACAGACAUAAGCGGUUAAAAUAAUAGCACAAAUAGCUAAAUAUAAACAUUUUAAACUA